AUGUGUUUUCACAUCGACGGAUCUGACACACAUACGUCGUUACGUAUAUCGAUCUUCCGCAAUACCGAGAACCUGUCGUGUCUAGAUCAUUUUAACGCGAGUGCAACGUGCCGAGGAAUAAAACUGAAAAUACAGAAAGUGCGGUCACGUGGGAAUCACGUCGCUUACGGUUGUUUCACCUAAAAAAGUUCUCCCGGAAAAGGCGCAACGAAUAAUUCAAAUUUCACUCGAUCGGAAAACGCUUCCUCAGACUGUAAGCGCAUCACAACCUAAAGCAGUAAGAAUGACAGGUUCUCCAGUGCUGGAGAACGAAGACAAGGUUGAGGUUCUCGAUGAACCCCUUUUCAGCACCCUCGAUAUUAUUCUUCUAAGCGCACUUCUAUUAGCGGCAUUAUGGUGGUUAAUGCGACGGAACAAACAGGAGGAGUACACGGCUGUGACGAAAUCUUAUUCCAUACAGCCAACGUUGUUCCCCACAGUAACGCCGUCAGAAAAUUCAUUCAUUAAAAAACUAAAGACUUCUGGAAGGAGUCUGGUAGUAUUCUAUGGCAGUCAGACCGGAACUGCAGAAGAAUUCGCGGGUCGAUUGGCUAAAGAGGGCAUCCGUUAUAAACUGAAAGGCAUGGUAGCCGAUCCUGAAGAAUGUGAUAUGGAAGAGCUGUUAAAUCUAAAAUCAAUACCAAAUAGUUUGGCAGUAUUCUGUUUAGCAACGUAUGGAGAAGGUGAUCCUACAGAUAAUGCUAUGGAGUUUGUCGAUUGGCUAAAAAAUGGCGAUGCUGACCUCAAUGGAUUGAAUUAUGCUGUGUUUGGACUCGGGAAUAAAACAUAUGAACAUUAUAAUGAAGUGGCAUUAUACGUUGAUCAUAGAUUGGAACAACUCGGUGCUACACGUGUUAUUGAACUUGGUUUGGGAGACGAUGAUGCCAAUAUAGAAGAUGAUUUCAUCACAUGGAAGGACAAGUUUUGGCCAGCAGUUUGUGACUUCUUUGGAAUCGAAGGUGCAGGCGAAGAUGUCAGCAUCAGGCAGUACAAACUUACAGAGCACAUUGAUCUGCCAGUCGAACGUAUCUACACUGGUGAAAUAGCACGUCUUCAUUCAUUCAAGAAUCAAAGAGCGCCAUAUGAUGCAAAGAAUCCAUUCUUGGCACCACUUAAAGUUAAUCUAGAACUUCAUGGCCCAACAUCAAGCAGAUCCUGUAUGCACAUAGAGUUUGAUAUAGAAGGAUCAAAGAUGCGUUAUGAAGCUGGUGAUCAUUUGGCAGUAUAUCCUGUAAAUAAUGCCGAAUUAGUAAACAAAAUUGGCGAGAAAUGCGGCGUUGAUUUAGAUACCGUGUUUACACUUACAAACACGGAUGAGGAAUCUACGAAGAAACAUCCAUUCCCUUGUCCCUGUUCUUAUAGAACUGCCUUAACACAUUACUUGGACAUUACUAGUAAUCCACGUACCCAUAUUCUUAAAGAAUUGGCGGAAUAUUGCAGUGAUCCACAAGACAAAGAAAAAUUGAAAUUAAUGACAUCGACCACCGCAGAGGGCAAAGCUGCUUAUCAACAAUGGAUAGCUCAAGAGAAUCGAAAUAUAGUGCACAUUUUAGAAGAUAUUCCUAGUUUAAAGCCAUCGUUGGAUCAUUUGUGCGAACUUCUGCCGAGAUUGCAAUGCCGUUAUUAUUCAAUUUCUUCGUCGCCUAAGCUGCACCCAACGUCUGUUCACAUUACUGCAGUCGUGAUAGAAUAUAAAACCCCGACCGGUAGAAUUAAUAAGGGUGUAACUACCAGCUGGUUGAAGGAGAAGCAUCCGUCAGACCCACCGUGUUAUGUUCCUAUUUUUGUGAGGAAAUCUCAGUUCCGGUUGCCAACUAGAACAUCGACUCCAGUCGUUAUGGUUGGACCAGGCACUGGUGUCGCGCCUUUCAGAGCAUUUAUUCAAGAACGUGAUCUUGCUAAACGGGAAGGUAAGGAAGUGGGUGACACAAUUUUAUACUUUGGAUGUAGAAAGCAAGAGGAAGACUUUCUCUAUAAAGAAGAACUCGAAGAGUACGUAAACAAUGGUACUCUAAUUUUGCACACUGCGUUCAGCAGAGAGCAAGAUCAGAAAGUAUAUGUUACGCACCUGUUAGAAAAGAACAAAGAGGAAUUAUGGAGAGUUAUUGGUGAGAAAAAUGGACACAUCUAUGUCUGUGGUGAUGCUAAAAAUAUGGCACGUGACGUUCAUAAUAUCUUACUAAAAGUUGUGAUGGAAAAUGGAAAAAUGUCGGAACUUGAUGCCGCCACGUAUAUUAAGAAGAUGGACUCCCAGAAACGUUAUUCGAGUGACGUAUGGAGUUGAAUUUUGUUAUUUAUAUUAAUUUCACGGAUAUGUAUAAGUAUAAAUUGCCUAUUGAAACGUUUCGGAUAUGCCUUCAUGAAAGGGCCUACUUAUACCUUUCGUACGGAUGUACGAUAUGCAUGUAAAACAUUUAAAAACGGUAAAGAGAUAAUUACAGACGUUAGAAACAAUCAUUCAAAACCUUUAAUGUAUUUAUUGUUCGUAAAUAUUUAAUGAAUUUUGUAUAAAUAUCAAGUUUUUCUUCUGUUCGAACACAUUUUAUUCUAUAAAUAUUAACGUUUUUAUGAGAAUCAAUACGGUGCAAUAACGAAUUUAAAAAGGUGACUGUAAUUCAUACAGUUAUAAAUAAAGCAAUAUAGUGAUUCCCUAAAAUGUUUAUGGGAAAUAUUAAUGGAUACAUUGAUAAAAUGAUUUUGUGCUUGCACGGUGCACAUGUAAUAACAUGUUCUAUAAAAAGAACAUUGGAAGAUAUUAUUGAAUAGUUUCAUCAAACGCGCAGCAGAAUUGUAACAUUUUUUUUAUCGAGAUGGGGAGAAGAGCGGAUAAGUUAAUUAAACGGAAGAAAUAUUGUAUUAAUCGUGAAGAGCUAAGGCAAACAAAUUUUAUAUGCUAGAAGCAAUUGUAUAAAAAUUGUUAUACAUAAUAAGUCUUUUACAUUGUGUCUGGGAUGGUAACAGAGUUGUAUUGAUUUAUGCAUAUGUUACAUGGUAAAAGUAUACAGUAAAUGUGUACACAUACUGAUUGCAA